UCUUCCGACUUGUCCUUCGGCAAAGUGCUAGAUGAAUUCAGCUAUUAUUGUUCUUUUAUUUCUGUUCAGUUAUUACUGUUUCCGAGUAGGUUGCCUUGUACUUUGACAGGCAUGAUGCUCUUUCCUACAGCUUGCAGUAUUUUCCAAUUACUUUACGUGCCCUGGUCUUUCUGUUUUUCUCUGUAUUGUUUUUGGAGAUUUCCGUAUCCCGUUUCCCGCUUGUCCGUGUUGCGUGAGCGCGCGCGGAGUCCUGGGAAGCGGGCGCGUGAGGUGGGGACGCGAACCGGGCGGGGGAGGUUGAGGGAUGUAAGAAGAGAAGACAGGAAAAGGCUGGGAGGGGGGAGAGAGGAGAGGGUGGGCAAAAAAGAAGGACAGAGAGAUCGGGAGAGAGAGAAGGGGAGAAGGGGAGAGAACGAGAGAAGAUUCUGGACCCUUAAAAAUCUCGAGGGAACAACUGAGAGCUGGACAGAGCCCAGGGCCCUUGUGGGCACCAUGGGCACCCCGUUGCUCUGCAUUCUGCUUGCAACGGUCACCGGAGCCAGAGGCUGGGGCUGGUAUGGCUGUGAUGAGGAGCUGGUGGCUUCGCUGUAUUAUCGCUCUCUGGGAGCCUCCUCCUACUACGGCUUCUUCACUGGGCCUCGCUUCGCCCGGCUUCAUGGCACAAGUGGAUGGUCGCCUGCCAUUGGAGACCGGAACCCCUGGCUACAGAUCGACUUGAUGAAGAAACAUAAGAUAAGGGCUGUGGCCACGCAGGGCUCCUUCAACUCGUGGGAUUGGGUCACGCGCUAUAUGCUACUUUAUGGCGACCGCGUGGACAGCUGGACGCCUUUUUACCAACGAGGGCACAAUUCGACAUUCUUCGGGAACGUGAACGAGUCUGCUGUGGUCCGGCAUGACCUCCACUAUCAUAUCACUGCCAGGUACAUUAGGAUAGUGCCCUUGGCCUGGAACCCACGAGGCAAGAUUGGCCUGAGACUUGGACUCUACGGAUGCCCUUACAAGUCAGACGUGUUAUACUUUGAUGGGGAUGAUGCCCUCUCCUACCGAUUUCCCAAGGGGGUGAGCCGUACCCUAUGGGAUGUCUUUGCCUUCAGUUUUAAGACAGAAGAGAAAGAAGGGCUCCUUCUGCACUCAGAGGGGAUUCAAGGAGACUAUGUGACCCUGGAGCUCAAGAAUGCUCAAUUGCUACUGCACAUGAGUCUCGGCAGCAACCCUAUCCAUGGCAGACCGGCACACACUACCGUGAUGGCUGGAGGUGUGCUCAAUGACUUGCAUUGGCACUACUUAAGACUGGAUCGCUUUGGUCGAGACGUCAACUUGACAUUGGAUGGCGAGGUGCAGCGAUUUCUCCUCAAUGGCGACUUCGAGAAGCUCAACCUAGACACCGAGAUGUUUAUAGGAGGGCUGGUCAGGGCUAGGCAGAAGAACCUUGCUUACCGGGAAAACUUUCGGGGCUGCAUGGAAAAUGUAAUCUUUAACCGAGUCAACAUCGCUGACCUGGCUGUCCGGGGUCAUUCUCGGAUCUCCUCUGAGGGCAAGGUGGCUUUCCGGUGCUUAGAUCCGGUCCCGCAUCCUAUCAAUUUCGGCGGCCCCCACAACUUCGUGCAGGUGCCGGGCUUCCCCCGCCGCGGCCGCUUCGCAGUUUCCUUUCGUUUUCGGACCUGGGACCUUACGGGAAUGCUGCUCUUCUCGAGCCUGUCUGACGGGCUGGGCCACGUGGAGCUGAUGCUCAGUGACGGCCAGGUCAAUGUGUCUAUUGCUCAGCCUGCGCGCAAGAAGCUCCAGUUUGCUGCGGGAUAUCGCCUAAAUGAUGGAUUCUGGCAUGAGGUGAAUUUUGCAGCCCAGGAAAACACAGCAGUCAUCAGUAUAGAUGACGUUGCUGGGGCUGAAUUCCGAGUCUCUCAUCCCCUUCAGAUUCGUACUGGGACCUCAUACUUCUUUGGGGGUUGUCCUAAACCAGCUAGCCUCUGGGGCUGCCAUUCCAACCAGACAGCAUUCCAUGGCUGCAUGGAACUACUUAAGGUAGAUGGGCAGCUAGUCAACCUGACCCUGGUGGAAUUCCAUCGGCUUGGAAGAUAUGCUGAGGUCCUAUUUGACACAUGUGGCAUCACUGACAGGUGCUUUCCUAACCCAUGUGAACAUGGGGGCCGCUGCUAUCAGUCCUGGGAUGAUUUCAUCUGCUACUGUGACCUGACAGGCUACAAGGGGGAGAUCUGCCACCAGCCCCUGUACAAAGAAUCAUGUGAAGCCUAUAGACUCAGUGGGAAGACCUCUGGGAAUUUUACCAUUGACCCUGAUGGCAGUGGCCCACUAAAGCCGUUCGUUGUGUACUGUGACAUCCGAGAGAACCGGGCAUGGACAGUGGUACGCCACGAUCGGCAGUGGACAACUCGGGUGACGGGCUCAAGCCAGGAUCGUCCAUUCCUGGGGGCCAUCCAGUACUGGAAUGCAUCCUGGGAAGAGGUCAGUGCCCUGGCCAAUGCCUCUCAACACUGUGAGCAGUGGCUUGAGUUCUCUUGCUACAACUCCCGGCUGCUCAACACUGCAGGUGGCUACCCCUUCAGCUUUUGGAUAGGUCGAAAUGAAGAGCAGCAUUUUUACUGGGGGGGAUCCCAGCCUGGGAUCCAGCGCUGUGCCUGUGGCCUAGAUAAGAGCUGCGUGGAUCCCACAUUAUAUUGCAACUGUGAUGCUGAUGAACCCCAGUGGAGAACAGACAAAGGAUUGCUGACCUUUGUGGACCACCUACCAGUCACACAGGUGGUGGUUGGGGAUACUAACCGAUCCAACUCUGAGGCCCAGUUCUUCCUAAAGCCUCUUCGUUGUUAUGGCGACCGGAACUCUUGGAAUACCAUCUCUUUCCAUACCGGUGCUUCACUGCUCUUCCCUCCCAUCCGGGCCAACUACAGUCUUGAUGUCUCUUUCUAUUUCAAGACCACAGCAGAAUCAGGUGUCUUCCUGGAGAACAUGGCAGGCCGCCCUUGGCAAUGGCGACGGCCAUACCUUCGGCUAGAACUCAACACCUCUCGAGAUGUAGUUUUUGCCUUUGAUGUGGGAAAUGGUGAUGAAAAUCUUACAGUUCACAAUGAGGAGGUGGAAUUUAAUGAUGAUGAGUGGCACCUGGUCCGGGCUGAGAUCAAUGUGAAACUGGCCCGACUCCGAGUUGACCAUGGGCCCUGGGAAAUUCGGCCAAUGCCCCUCCAGACCUACAUCUGGCUAGAGUAUGACCGGCCUCUUACUGUUGGCUCCGCAGAGCACAAGAGGCGUCCCUUCCUGGGCUGCUUACGGGCAAUGCGCCUAAAUGGAAUUACCUUGAACUUGGAGGGUCGUGCUAACGCCUCAGAGGGCACCUCACCCAACUGCACGGGCCGCUGUCUUCACCCGAAGCUCCCCUGCUUUCACGGUGGACGAUGUGUGGAACGGUACAGCUACUAUACGUGUGACUGUGAUCUCACAGCCUUCGAAGGGCCCUACUGCAACCAUGACAUCGGUGGAUUCUUUGAGGAAGGCACCUGGGUGCGCUAUAACCUGCAGUCGGCCCUUCGCUCUGCCGCUCAGGAGUUCUCGCACAUGCUGAGCCGUCCGGUUCCUGGCUACGAGCCUGGCUACGUCCCUGGCUACGACACCCCCGGCUACGUGCCUGGAUACCACGGUCCUGGCUACCAGCUUCCCGACUACCCUCGGCCCGGGCGGCCCGUGCCCGGCUAUCGGGGCCCGGUGUACAAUGUCACCGGGGAGGAAGUCUCCUUCAGUUUCAGUACUACCUCUGCCCCAGCGGUCCUACUCUAUGUAAGCUCCUUUGUCCAAGACUACAUGGCUGUGCUCAUCAAGGAGGAUGGGACCCUGCAGCUGCGUUACCAGUUGGGUACUAGCCCUUAUGUGUAUCCGCUGACCACCCGGCCAGUCACUGACGGUCAGUCCCACAGCAUCAAUAUCACUCGUGUCUACAGAAGCCUCUUCAUCCAGGUGGAUUAUUUCCCAAUGAUGGAACAGAAAUUCUCAUUGCUUGUGGACAGUCAAUUGGACUCACCCAAAGCUUUGUACUUGGGGCGUGUUAUGGAGACUGGAGUGAUUGACCCUGAGAUUCAGCGUUAUAACACGCCAGGCUUUUCAGGUUGCCUCUCAGGUGUACGCUUCAAUAACGUGUCCCCACUCAAAACCCAUUUCCGAGCCCCUCGCCCAUUUCCCCGUGACAUUUCUGAAGCCCUUCGUGUUCAGGGGGACCUGGCUGAGUCCAACUGUGGUGCCAUGCCACAUUCUGGCCUUGAGGUACCCCCUGAACUUGAUCCUUGGUACCUGCCUCCAGACUUCAUCUACUAUCACGAUGAUGGCUGGGUCGCUAUCAUCAUAGGCUUUGUGGUGACUCUCUUGCUACUGGGGCUGAUAGGACUGUUGGUCCUCUUCUAUCUACAAAAUCAUCGCUAUAAGGGUUCUUACCAUACUCAUGAGCCCAAAGCCACUCAUGAUUACCAUGCUGCUAGCAAGGCACCUUUACCCCCUUCUACACCUGCCCGGGCACCUGCCCCUCAGCCCCAAGCCCAAGCCCAAGCCCCUGCUCCUGCCCCUGCCCCUGCCCCUCGGGACCAGAACCUACCCCAGAUUCUGGAGGAGUCCCGUUCUGAAUGAGUCAGGGUUAGGCUCAAGUCCC